AGUGUUCAUCAGACAGUAUAGCGUCGCACGAGGGAAAGCGCUCGCAAAGUGAAUGCGUGUUAGUAAGCUACGGAGCGCGCGUCUGUUUAGAAGUUAGUGUAAACGCAGUAACUGUGGACCAGCUGACUUAAAAUAAUAUGAAUGUGAUACAGAGGUGACAGUGCGUUUUAAACACUUAUUAUGUUCCAAAGACGUAAAGAGUAUUACCAAGACAAUCUGUUCGUUGUGCCGAGGCAACCAAUUAACAACAUUCCGUCUUCGUUUUGUUGAUCGUGUUAAAGUGAUACUUGUGUAAACGGGAUUGAAAUGGCACGGCUUACACAUUUUUCGCAGCUAUUGUUACUACGUAAGUUUCUUUCCAGAAAUCUCAUCCACAGCCAGGUGAAAUCAGUUCGGAGGUUGUCUUUAAAAGUGCAUCAUACUUUCAAGUUUUCAGACUUGUCUGUGAGGUUGGCAUCACCUGAUGAACUGCAUUCUAAACCAGAUGUUAGUGAACUUCAGUUUGGCAAACAUUUUACUGAUCAUAUGCUGAAGGUUGCAUACCAUGCAUCAUUGGGUGGAUGGCAGAAACCAGAAAUUACACCUAUGGAGAAUCUCGUAUUACAUCCAGCUGCUAAAGUUUUGCAUUAUGCCAUCGAGGUCUUUGAAGGUAUGAAGGCAUAUCGUGGAGUUGAUGAUAAAAUUAGAUUAUUUAGACCAGAUCUCAAUAUGCGUCGUAUGAAUGGUUCAGCAGCUCGUACAAGUUUACCAACAUUUGAUGGUGAUGAAUUGAUCAGAUGUUUGUGUCGUCUGAUUCUUAUAGACCAGGAGUGGGUUCCACACUCUGAGGCAUCAAGUUUAUACAUCCGUCCAACAAUUAUAGGCAUUGAUCCUACACUGGGAGUUGCCACUUCAACAUCUGCACUUUUGUAUGCCAUCAUGUGCCCAGUGGGUAGCUAUUUUGGUCCUGACAGUAAAGCAGUUUCGUUACUGGCUGACCCUAAAUACACUCGUGCUUGGCCAGGUGGUGUUGGUGAUAAGAAAGUAGGCUCCAAUUAUGGUCCCACGCUGCAAGUUCAGGCAGAGGCAGCAUCUCGUGGUAUGCAGCAGGUUCUGUGGUUGUAUGGGGAAGAAGAUUAUGUAACAGAAGUGGGAACUAUGAAUGUGUUUAUACUUCGCUUGAAUGAAAAUGGAGAAAAGGAACUUGUAACUCCACCACUAGAUGGUCUUAUACUGCCCGGUGUCACACGGUACUCCAUUAUAGACUUGUGUAAGCAGUGGCCGGAGUUUAAAGUACUUGAGGAAAGAUUCACUAUGGGUGACCUCAUUAAGCUUCUCAGUGAAAACAGAUUGUUGGAAAUGUUCGGUGCCGGAACUGCAUGUGUCGUUAGUCCGAUAGGCUCAAUCCUGUACAAAGAUGUGUUGCACAAAAUUCCAACUGUUGAAUGGGAAGACCCUCUGUAUGCUCGUUUACUUAAAACUCUACUGGACAUUCAGUAUGGAAGAGUAGACCAUCCUUGGGGUGUUUGUAUUGAUCAGUACUGCUGAUAGUGGUCAUUGCCAGUAUGUUUUACUGGUGUGUUUGUUUUCUAAAGACUUACGAAGUAACUUAUAAAAAUCACUGUACAAAUUUCUAAUGAUGUGUGCAGCUUUUGCAGUGUGAAAAGACUGACUGUGUUUUGUAAGAAAGUGUUGUAAGUUGUGUGUUGAACUCUAUCUCAGUGCUUAUAUUUUCAGUUUAAUUGUAAUCACGUGAGAAAGUGUGGCUGAAUGUAGAUGGUUUUCUAGGGCUUAUUUUUGUAUUGUGUGAGAAAUACCUCCUGUUGUGUUUAACAACAAACUAUUGUAUCUUGGACUGUAAAUUUGGUGAGAGACUUCGGUGUUUCCUAAGUAAUGAAAGAAUGUCUGUUGUGGCAGGGAGUUUUUAAGAGUCUAUGUUGUAUUUUUUAUUUUUGUGUCAUUGCUUUGUAUGUUCAGAUGAUCAUGUUAUUUAUUUAUUUUGAACACAUUUUAAUGUUACUGCUGUGAAAACAAUGUAGAUGUAAAGUUUUACUACCUUGAAUAUCACAUAGUGAUUGCAUGUUUUGAAUAAGACAUUGCUAUAGAUGCAUGUAGCAUACAUAAAGUAAGAACAGAAAAUGUGGUGUAUGUAUUGUGAUGCUGUUAUUUUGCCCUCUUAUGAAGCGUGUGUAGUAGAAUACGACUGAAUGAAGGUAUGUGAAUUACUAUGAAGCCCUUUGAGGCAUAUUGCAGUGCAUCCAAUUAAUAUGUCUUAAUUGCACCAAAUGGAAAGGAAAAAGGAAGGGAGAAAAAAAUUCUUUCAUCCUUUGACAUAAUCAUAAUAUUCAUAUUGUUCAGGUUAAUAUCAGUUUCCUUAUGUUUUCAUAAGAAGAUGUAAUGAUUGUUCCAUUUUCUUGUUUUAUUUUAAUGAGAGCUUAUACAAGCUAAUUUUGUCCAUUGGACAGAGUGGAAACCAUGUGACAUUUAUUUAUUUUAUCAUAAAAUGUAAAAAUGUUCACCCUGAGUACAACUUGAUCGAAUCUAUAGAGACUGAAUAACUACUUCAAAAAAUUGCUUAUCUUCUGCCCAAACUAGUUGCUUGGGAUAUGAAUUAUUUUCAUUUAUAUCUGUAUGCAAGAUGACAAGAAAAUGAUUUUGAAUUACUCCAUUCGCGGUACAAAAUGUAUCUCAGUGAUUUUUACUGUGUGCUAUGAUUUGAAGGCACAUGAUAAAGUUCUAGUUUAGUGUGUUGUGCUAAUGCAUAGAAUGCAGGGUAUAUUAUAUGUACAGUAUUUUGUGUAUAUUAGGGUGCUUAAAAUUAGAUACAUCCAGACAUUUAUUAAUUUUCCUUGAAACAAAGCCUCACAGUGUACGAUUUUUUCAGCAGAUUUGCAUUAGAGAAUGCAGUCAUUUGUCAUUAGGAAAGUACAGUAAUCCUGCAAAUAUAGUUCAGUAACAAAUUUUGUGUAGUGUACGGUUUUGCAGUUUCUUCUCUCAUAAGAAACCCAGUUUGUUCCUAUGUGCGAUCUAAAGAGAGGAAAGAGAACUUUUUUUAUAAAUUUACACAAUGAGUGCUUUUAACUCAACGUGUGGGCUCAGAAUAGAUAAUUUUAAAUUUAGUUACCUAUGUACCAGUGCAAUCAAUAAUUUCUCACAUGUAAAACUUAAAAGCAACUGUACUUUUGCAAGAAAUUCUGUUUUUAGUUUAUAAAAUGCAAGUAGUUUAUUUUAGCCAAUGUCCAACUGAACAAUUUUACUAUAACAGUACUGCAAGAAGGUAUUUAUGUUGAAAUUAGUUUUGCUGUUAUUACUUUCCAUAUCAUACAAAUUCAGGAAUUAAAGGGGUACAGAAUAGUUGUGUGUGUUUUAACAUUCACCAUUUAUAAAAUGGAUUGAUAAGGAUGUGCCAUUUUAGAUAGCGUAUUUUAUUUUUGUAUUAUGUUGUUUCUUCCUGAAUUUCCCACCUGAUUUGUAGAACAUGUGCAGAUGCUCAGAAGCAGGUAUAAAAUAAAAUAUGGUGCAUUAAUGUUUUUUCAUGGUGGCUGUAGGUGUAUUUUGUUAAAAACCAAACUCGUGCUCAUAAUGUUAUCAGUGCUGUGUCAUACAUGUGGUUUUUACGAAGCAUGUAAGCAAUCUAAUCUCGCACUCUGUGUGUGUGUGUGUGUGUGUGUGUGUGUGUGUGUGUGUGUGUGUGUGUGUGUGUUUUCAGGUAAAAACAUGUGCUUGGUACAUAAAACACUAAAACUGUAAUCAUUGGCAUUCUCUAUAAUGCAAGAAAAUGAGAUGGUUAGUUGCUCACUUCAGUCUUUUUUUGUGUUUCUUUAUUCCCCCUGUUUUCAUAAAUGCUAGAGUAUUUAAGAAAAUUCAUUUGUGCUGUUCUGUUACACUGUUAAAAUAGAUUUACUAUUUUCCAAAGUGUAUUAAACUACCCUCACGUACGUUAGCAGUACGUAAACUUGUUAUUAUAAUAAAAACAUUAGAAAUGAAUGCCAACAAAAUUAAAUGAUUCCUCAAAAGAAGAGACUGUUUAGUUAAAGCAAAUUUAUUCUGCUGUGUUGUCAGAAAAACUGUGUUCUCAGGGACUGUCGACAAUAUAACUGUGAUACCUUCCUGCUGACAUAGUGAUUAAAUAUCAUGUCAGCUUCCAUUAUUUUGAAAAGAUAUUUAUUUUUUGUAAUAUGCAUUCAGAGAGUUGCUGAAUUUCUCUCUUUUUAUCAUGAGAACCAUGACUGUAGAGUAAAACAGUUUCAGUACAUGAAGAAUGACUAAAUUAUACUACUUAUAUUUUUGUAAUAGUAUUGUUAUACAUUUUUGAUUCCACUACUGUUGAUAAAAUAUGCUCAACUGUU